UCUAAAUCGUUAUUAUCAUCAUGACUACUAUGAAAGCUCUAGUCUCUAAUCGCAGUAUCGUCACACGACUCAUCAACGCCACACGCGCCAAGGCCAUCGGAGGCCAGGGUGGCCGUGUCCAGGACAAUGUACCCAUUCCCACCAUCUCCUCCAACGAAAUCCUCGUGAAGGUCAAAGCUGUAGCCCUGAACCCUACCGACUUCAAGCAUCUCGACAUUAUCUCUCCCACCAACUCGAUCAUCGGAUGUGAUUACGCAGGCGUCGUUCAUCAAGUCGGUGACUCUGUCAGAGAUAGGUGGAAGGUCGGCGAUCGUGUCGCUGGCGCUGUUCACGGCGGUUUAUAUCCUGACAAAGGCGCCUUCGCAGAGUACUUGAAGAUUGAUGCGGAUCUGGCCUGGAAAGUCCCCGAUGACAUCAGCGAUACAGACGCAACUACAUAUGGAGUCUCUGCUGUGACAGCCAUGCUGGUCCUCAAUGUCCAUCACGGGAUCCCUUUCGUCGAUACCAAACCUGCUACUCCCAAGAAUGAAGCCAUCUUCAUUUACGCCGGAGCAACAAGUGCAGGCCUAUACCAUAUCCAGCUUGCAAAGGCAGCUGGGUACACAGUAGUCACAACUGCCUCGCCCCGUUCAUUCCAGCUAGUAAAGCAAUACGGCGCCGAUGUCGUAUUCGACUACAAUUCACCCUCCGUCGCAGAAGACAUUAUCAAAGAAUAUCCCAAGAUCACAAAGGCGGUGGAUUGUUUCUCCGAGGGCAAAUCAACAUCCAUCUGCGCCGCGGUGCUCAAGCCCAGUGGCGGUAAGGUGGUUACGCUUCUGCCAAACGGUAAAUCUAGCACUCCUGGUGUAACUUACGACCUCGUCAUGUCGUAUACGGCUAUGGGGCAUGCCUUUCAGUGGUUACCACCAAUUGGACCCAAGUUUGAAGCCAGGCCGCAAGAUCGUGCGGCCCUUGUUCGCUUUUAUGAAAGUCUACCACGAAUUACUCAUCUCCUGAAACCUAUCCCGACGAUUGAACUCAAGAACGGUUUUGAUGGUGUGCUUGAGGGACUGGAUAAAUUGCGGGCAGGCCAGGUGGCAGGAGGCAAGCAGGUGGUCAGGUUUAAUAUAGGAGAGUAACAAAUUUAACAUUUUAAGCUCUCAUUGUACUGGGG